UGGUGGUGGAGCGCCUCUUUGUACUACUGGGUUAGGGUUAGCAGCAGAGGCGGAGGAACAUUCAUCAGAGUCCCAGACAGGGACAGACAGGGUCCAACAGCGUCCCCCUGUCCGAACCAAACUCAUAGCAGUCAAAAACCAACGAAGGGACGUUUCCCAAAGUGCACCAUUCAACGCUGAAGAAGAAGUGUGUUCACCGGGAAGUUUGCUACUGGCGGCAUCGGUCGGUGGCGGCGCGCGGAGGAGAGCAUCGGUCCAAACUUCCCUCACUCCAUGAGCUCCCUCACGCUUUAUUCUGCCGACUCAUCUCCCUGAAACCGGCGUUUCUUCUCCAGCAGAAGCUUCUGUUAUUUUUACCCGCCUAAAAAGCAUCCAACUUUGUAGAAGGGUCCAGGUUUUAGACAUUCCCCGAGGAACUAGAAGAAAGGACCGACGGACGGAGCGGGACGUGGAUGUAUCUUCAGCCAUGGAUGUAACCGUUUACCCGCCUCCUCAUCAGCCUCUGGCCGCGUCGGACCACACCAGGUUGGGACAACUCUCGUACCCGGACCCGUCCUACGGGACCAACAAGCUGGACAGGGACACCAUGUUCCUGGGUAUGCCGGAGCAAGGCCUUGACUAUGCCUCAACCAAUCAGUUUCGUGUGCCACAGCCCCCUCACCCUCUGAGCAAGGUGACGCCACCCCACCAGCCCUCCCAUCACUGGAGGAGGGACACACACAUGGCCGACUCACACCGCCUGCCCUGGUCCUACUCAAUGGGCGGUUUGGGCGAUGAGGACUUCAACAUCCCGCCCAUCACUCCCCCCACCCUGCCGGACCACAUGCUGCCCCCCCACCUACCACACGAUUCCCGCUCUGGACCGUACCACCCUCUGGACGGCCCCUACCAGCUGCAGGACGGGGCUGCGAUGCUCAACCAAGAUGGACGCACCUUCAGUCCGGAUGGGGGCCCGAUGGCCAGUACACUGUCGGUGAUGCAGCAGAUGGUGAACUCAGACUCCCGGUUCACCAGCAGCCAGCAGCCAAUCGAGGCGGCUCUCGGACCAAGGAGCCAAUCGGGUUUAAGCCAGCAGAGCCAGUUGUCCACCAUCAACCAGUCCCAGCUGGGUCUAAGUGGGAACUCUGUCCCCCACAACUCUCCCUCCCCCCCUGGAAGCAAGUCGGCCACGCCGUCUCCCUCCAGUUCAGCCCACGAGGAUGACAACGAGGAGGGACUCAGGCUGGUCAGUGGAGACAAGAGGCCAGCGGCAGUGGACAUCGCCAAGAAACCCAAAACACCAAAGAAGAAGAAGCGAAAGGACCCCAAUGAGCCGGUGAAGCCGGUGUCCGCCUACGCCUUGUUCUUCAGGGACACCCAAGCCAACAUCAAGGCCCAGAACCCCAACGCCACCUUCGGGGAGGUGUCAAAGAUCGUGGCGUCCAUGUGGGACGGGCUGGGAGAGGAGCAGAAACAGCUGUACAAGAAGAGGACAGAGACGGCCAAGAAGGAGUAUCUGAAACAGCUGGCUGCCUACAGAGCCAGUCUGGUGUCACAGAGCUACAACGAUCCAUCUGAAAUGAAGCCGCCCCACCCUUCCUCCACGCCUCCCUCCUCCUCUUCCUCAAUGUUUACCUCCAAACCCUCGGUGUACCCUGGUCACCCGGGCCAGCACCAUUCCUCCGGUUCAAUGGGCCACCCUCACUCCCUCCCUCCCCAUCCCCAUCAGCACCCCAGCAUGUACAUGCCGUACCCUCACCCGUCACACCCCUCCCACGCCUCAAGCCCCGGGCUCAGCCCGCACCUGCCCCCACCUCACUCCCAGAUCCACCCCCAGCUCCAGCCUCUGUCCUCAAGGGGCAGCGUGCCGCGGCCCAGCGUCCCCCACCAGGGAGUUCUGUCCCUCGGUGGCAUGGCGGCGGCGUCCCCCCCUCCUCUCCAGGUCAGCCCUCCUCUCCACAGCCAGGCACACCUGGGGGGGCUGCACAGUCCCCACCAGCAGCAUCAGCAGCUCAGUGGACAUUCGCUUGGAAUGGCCCACUCACCUGGCAUCCCACAGAGCUACCACCCAUCCCUCCAGUCUGACUACCAGCAAUUAGGGGGAGGAAUGCUUAACAGUGGAGCGAUGAUGUCAUCAUCAGUGGACUACCAUCAGCUUGGGCGACACACGCCGAGCCACCACCCCUGUCUGGACUGGAGCAACGAUUACCAUGGCAACGGCAGCGGCCUGCAGAGGGACAAACCUCUGUAUCUGAGCUAAUCUCAGGACAGAAUGACGGCAAAUCCUCAAGCGAGACGCCUGACCAGCCACAGAGGACUCACCCACCGACCUCCAACCGGGGACUACCACGUCCCUUCUAAGGGACCAAAACAGGAAGUCCCUGCAUGUCCCACAGCCGGUCGUACUGCUUGUUUACAGCAUUAGACAUGAUAAAUGUUGUAUCCCAGCCAGGAGAGGCAGGGUGCUGUGAACCAUGACCACGUUGAUGUACAUACUCCUCCCUUAACAAAUGAAACCCCUUAUCUAGUUCUUCAUUUGGUAAAGACGGCGUUUAUUGUCAGUUCCAAAAAGUGUAAAUGACUGUAACAUAAAGGUUUGAGCUGUCGAUUUAAAGCCAACUGACCCCUUCUUUACUUUUCCUUUUGAGCUGCUGUCUCUGCGAACACAGCACGCAAACCAUAAGUAACCAGACGGGGAGAGGAUGGUCCCCCACACAGCGCUGUCAUGGAGCACCAUUUAAGAGCAGUGCUACAAAUUCAUUGCAUUUUAGUCCUUAUAACAAAAUGUCAAACAAUUCUUUGUUGGGGGGAGAAAAGAAUCAAAAAUAGUCCUUUGGCCGCUGACAGCUCCUCCUCCCGAUGGGAUUGAUUCGGAUCCAAACUGUGUGUGUGUGUGUGUUAAUGAGGAUGGUGGGGUUGCAUUGUCUCUAUGUCAUCUCUUUUUCUCUGUGCACAUAGGCUAUUUAAUAAGAAACUAUAACUGUUGCUGGGUUGGCUGUGUUUUAAUGUUGUUUUUUAAUCAAAUAAAGGUUUUGUUUUAGUGUUGAUGAUGAUGAUGAUGAGGCACACAUUUCUCUCUCUGCUCUGUAUCUCUUUGUAUUAAUGUGUUUUUUUGGCAGAUGAAAGGACUCUGAGCAACAACAACCAUGAAGAUUUUCUUAUUUUUAGAUUCUAAUAAUGUGUUUGAGAAUAAAGUCAGCGCUGCAUUGAUGUGCAGCCAUUACUCCAAACCUGCCUCUUCU